AUGGGUCGGCCCGCCCGAGACAUGUACCUAAUUGCCGACACAGGCAGUGAUGUCAGUUGGACCCAGUGUAGACCGUGCAUCGACUGUUACAAUCAGUCGGACCCGAUAUACGACCCGUUGGCCUCCACCACGUACAAAGACCUCCCGUGCAACUCCGGCGAGUGCAAUGCCCUAGUGAGCGUCGGCGGCUGGCGGCUGCCGAUUCCGCCGUACCUCCUCGAGCUCGGCCGCAAUGGGAGGGGUGGCGUGAUUGUGGACUCUGGCACGGCCGUGACGCGGUUCCCGAGGAAGGUGUAUCGGGUGCUCCGGGAUGCGUUCGUGGGCAUGGCGACGGGGCUGCCGAGGGCCGCAGUCGGGUUCUCGUUGUUCGACACGUGUUACGAUCUGUCGGGCGUGCGAAGGGUGUCAGUUCCAACGGUGUCGUUCGAGUUCGCCGGCGGAGGGACGUUGAGGCUUCCGGCGGCAAACUACAUGGUGCCGGUGGACGGCCGUGGGAAGUUUUGUUUCGCUUUCGCCGGAAUGGAGGGAACCAUGUCAAUCAUCGGGAACGUGCAGCAACAAGGGACACGUGUCGUCUACGACGUGGCUAAUAGACGCAUUGCUUUUAGCCCCAAUAAGUGCUAG